CCUACGUUGGUCGAGAUUCCCUACGGCCACCGUCCGUUGCACGCAAUUUGUAAACCACCUCCAUCGCUCCGCUGCCUUUUUCUGUCUCUUCCUUAACAGUCUUUUUCUCGAUUCCUUCCUUGGUUCUCUCCCUUUUUUUGUCUAGUAGAAAAUAAUUGAGAAACGAAAGCUUUUGGGAAUUUUGCAGCCAAAUUGUUUAGUAUUUUGCUCGUGGUAAGUGAGUUAAUUUGAGCAUUUGAAAAUCGGGUAGAUCGAUCUUGAAUUAUAUUUUGUGAAUCGAGUUGGUUUGAAUCCAGAUGAUCGGGUUUAAUUAUGUGGUUUGAUUUUGAUUGUAAAGAUUAGUCCUUUUUCUUUCUGAGAUGUUUUAUAUGUUCGUGAUUUGGUAUAUGAGUUGGGUUAUUACCUGAAACCAUAAUCCCCCCUGAAUUUUGAGUUUGUAUUCAUAAGAAACUUCCAAGUUUGAAUUUUGGUCUCCACCAGAGAUAAAUUGUAUUGCUUUUUUACUUUCAAUUUUAGGUUUUUUUUGGCAUUACUGUGAGGUUAGUAUAUCAUGAAUGCGACUACACAUUGGAAUGAUAGUGACAUGAUGGUGAAUCACAAAGUUCUAGUGUGGUUCAUUACCAUGCCUAAGUAAGGCCUGCUUGGGUUGGUAACAAUGCUGGUAGAGUGUCAAUAAGGUCUCUGGUGACUUGUGGUCUGUCAGUGAGAUAAGGGUGUCGGCUUGGUGGUCUGAGUACUGAUCUUCGGAGGCAUUCAGGCCUUCCUGAUGUGAAUUUUCCAUUUCUUUAUUGGUUGAAUCUUUAUUGUUCAUUAUAUUGUGACUACACAUCUUGGUUCUGUUAUGGGGUCUAUUGAAUCAUUCUUCUGAACAUUGUUAAUUUACUGAUACGGAUGCAGUCACUGUUAGUGAAAUAGAGGCACUUUAUGAGCUCUUCAAGAGGAUCAGCAGUGCUGUCAUUGAUGACGGGUUGAUUAAUAAGGAGGAAUUUCAGUUGGCAUUAUUCAAGACGAACAAAAAAGAGAGCCUGUUUGCUGAUCGGGUAUUUGACUUGUUUGAUACCAAGCAUAAUGGAAUACUAGGUUUUGAAGAGUUUGCCCGUGCUCUCUCUGUCUUUCAUCCAAAUGCUCCUAUUGAUGAUAAGAUUGAGUUUUCUUUUCAACUAUAUGAUCUGAAGCAGCAAGGCUUCAUUGAAAGGCAGGAGGUGAAGCAAAUGGUAGUGGCUACUCUUGCUGAAUCUGGAAUGAACCUUUCAGAUGAUGUUAUAGAAAGUAUAAUUGACAAGACCUUUGAAGAAGCUGAUACAAAACAUGAUGGGAAAAUUGACAAGGAAGAAUGGAGAAGCCUUGUUUUGCGACAUCCAUCCCUUCUGAAGAAUAUGACCCUGCAAUAUCUCAAGGACAUCACCACAACAUUUCCAAGCUUUGUUUUCCAUUCACAAGUUGAUGAUACCUGAAGUGGGUCCUGCAAUCAAAGCUCGAUCAAACUCCAGUUGCUAGACUUUUAAUUAUGGUUUAUUUAUUUCUGGACAAUAUGGCCCUCUUGUGUGUAAAGGGCUGGAGAGAAAAUUUUUCUACUACCAUAAUAUUAGUACCAUUUUGGUUCGUUGUGCUUCUACUACUGCUAAGCAAUUAUUAUUACGUUUUUACUUGGUACAUUUUGGUCUCUUUAUGUUUCUCAUUAUCAUCAUCAGUAGGAGUAUUAAUUAAAAACCUAGUCCGUUC